AUGACUCCCUUGCUGAAAGGCAUGGUUGUUAGCAAUGAACCGGGGUAUUAUGAAGAUCAUUCCUUUGGAAUCAGGAUUGAGAAUCUUCUUUUCGUGAAGGAAAUUGACACACCAAAUCGCUUUGGAGGAAUAGGAUAUAUGGGGUUUGAAAAGCUCACAUUUGUUCCCAUUCAGGUUUCAGAAAUUGCCCAAAGCAGUGAAUUCAAACUCAUGGUGAUCGGGAAAGCCGGGUUUCCACCUGCAAUGGUGGCUGCGCUGGCCAAUCACCACAAUGCAUACAAUGAGUUGGGACCAACUGGAGGCUUGUUAGCAUCCUUGUGUAAUGACAGUAAGAGUUCUGUGCUUGUGAUCCAACAUCGUGAUUCUACCCAAGAAGACGAGUUUAAUUUGAAGAUGGUUCAGUUGAUAAUUAUGUGA